GGUCCAGCUGUACGAGAUCCGGGAAAAGUACUGCGUUUGUCCAAACCGGCUCAUUUUGUAAGUGGUGAACAACAAGAUGCAGUCGAGUACCUUAUCCAUCUGCUGCAACAACUACAUGACGAAGAGGUUGCACUAAGACGUCCUGAUUGCACAAAUGCGCGCAAUUCGGAGUACAUGGGGACCGGAAUCAAUUUGACUUUGAACAACACAGACCAGUCACCCCUUGGCUCUUCCUCCUAUGGUACGCAGAUUUUUAUGGACAGCAAAGUUGAUGCCCUAUCGUCCUGUAAUGACACACACUCGUCAGACAAUCAAGACAAUUCCAGUGUGUUGGAUACAAACUUGUCUAUUGUAAAUAGACUGUUUGGCGGAACGUUAGUCCGGCACACCUCAUGUACUGAAUGUUUUCACACGUCGAGCAUUCUGGAUGAACCAUUCUCUUGCUUGUACGUGCCUGUGGCUUCUAAUGACGAAGGUGCCGCGUGUACCCCCAAUGAGCGUUCCACUUCGGAACCGAACCAUUCCAACCGCAUUUGCAGCACUGAUGUUGAUCUAGCGACCCUGCUUCGCACGCACUUCUCACAAAUCGAACAAGUGUCUUCGGUGCAAGCUUGUGAAUCAUGUGGAAAGCAAACUGUCCUAGCGCGACGCAUGUGUCUCAAAAGCCUUGCAUCUCAUGUGCUCAUCUGUCUGAAAGUUUUCACAUUUUGCCGUGAGAGUCAAACUCCAUCAAAAAUAAUGAAAAAGAUUGCCAUCCCAGAACGAUUAUCGGUCACUCUGUCCACUCAGGACGCGGUAUCUACUCCAGAAGUUCGGUCCUCGAAAUUGUUCGCAAAUGAAGUUCUGUUCCCAUCCACUGACUCCUCGGACAAUUUGCCAGAUACCAAGACCGAACAUCCAGAAUAUUUCACCUCAUCCGUAUCCUCAUCGUCCGCUUCCUCUCCGAGUGACGAUUCACGAUCGGUCACCACCCGUACAUUCAAGCUUCAAGGCAUGAUUUUGCACCACGGGCUCUCGUUACAUUGUGGACACUAUACGUGUGUGGCUCGUGUCGGUAUGGAAUGGAUCUCUUUUGACGAUGCUUUUGUUCACCUCACCUCACUGGAUCAGAUCUAUUCCAAGCCAUUAACUACGCCGUACUUAUUGCUGUAUGCUCAAGUUUGA